AUGGUCUCUAGCUAUCAUUUAACUGUUAAAAAGUAUCUCGAUGAAAAUCGAAUUGGUUGUACAUUACCUGAACAUAUUCAACGAGGAUGGGAUCGAAUCUACACACUCGAAGAGCAACAAUUCAAUACACGAUCAUGUAUAAUUGGACCUGAUGUUCAAAUUCCAAAUUCAAUUGUUCGUAAACGACUAGGCACCACACAAAUAUUAAUGAAAACCAAUAUUGAAAUUUUACGAAAAGCAUUCGAAUUACCUAAUGAAUUAUUUAUAAAUUUAUCUGAUGAACAUAAAUUGUUCGACAUAAUCGAAGAUGACCAACUUAGUUUUGAAUGGAAUGAUGAAGAUAAUAAUAAUGAAAUAAAACAUCAAAAAUCAGCAAUUGAUAUAAUUCUUAAUAAACAACGUGAAAAAAGACGUAAAUAUGAAGAUUAUAAAUAUGAUUAUGAUAAUAUUGAACCAUUAUCAAUUUAUGAUAUAAUUGAAAAAAUUCAUACAAAUGUUGAAAACAAUUUAAACAAUGAAGAUUUAAAAUUAAUUGCAGAUUUAAUGCAAAUAAUAAGUCGACAUAACAAAAAUCAAAUUAUGAAUAUUUAUGAUGAAUUAACUAAUGUUCAAUUGAUUAGUAAAUUUGGUGGUGUUCCUAAAUUUGUACAGGCUUUACAAGAAAUUCAAAAAGCAUUUGAACAAGUAGCUAUGAAAACCAAUUUAAUUUCUAUUGAAACUGUUCUUAAUGUAUUACUUGAAAAAGAUAAUACAUAUCGUUUAGCAAUGGAACUAUUGAAAUCAUUUAAUGAAAAUAUUAAAAAAACUAAACAACAACAAAUAUUGAAAUUAGAAGAUAAGUCUGGCGAUAUAUCUGAUCAUGAUCAAACUGUAUUCAAUAUUUUAAUGAAAGAUCGUAUUAGUCGAUUAUCUGCAUCGGAUUUGACUAUGUUAAUUCAUGAUUUUGAAACAAUUCAAAAUAUUGAUACAACUAAAGUGGGUAAUGAUCGUGAUGGUCAAGUAAACUUUAUAUCCGAACAAUUGAAUAUUAUUUUUAUACGUGCACAUCUUGAUGGAAUUAAAACAAUUUUUCAUGCAAUGAAAUCAUCUAUUGGUGUUUCAUUAAAAGAUUUUAUUGAUAAAAUUGAAGCUAGUCUAACAACUAAAUUAACUGAACAUGAUAGUAUUAUUAUUGAAUCAUAUAUUCAUGAUUAUCUUUCAUCCUUAACUAAUAAUGAAUUGAAAAUUAUCUAUGAACGUUUAGCACAACAAGGUGUUCUUCAACGUAUUGCAAUAACUGGAGAAUUAAAUCAAACGAUCACACUGAAUUUAAUGAAAAAGAUUGAUACAAAUGGAUUAGAUGCAGUCAUUGAAUCUAUGAAAGAUGUUCAACUAGAUAAUGACUCUAUGAAAGAACUUAUAGAAGCAUUAAUGAAUAUCAAUCAUUAUAUUCAAACUCAAUCAUCUAUUUCACUUGAUCAAAUUCAAAAUCAAUUGGGUAUGGCAUACUUUGUUGAAACACGUAAUCUUAGCAAACCUGAUAUUCAUGAAUUAUCUAAAGCAGCUGAUUUAUAUUCUAUUAUUCAUAUAAAUCUUACUGAAAAAGCGACUAUUGAUGAAUGUUCAACAUUUCUCGAACAUUUGAAAGCUCCAUUUAUACGUAUAUGUAUUCAACGAAUUUUAGAUUUAAUCAAACAAGAUAAUACUAUUAAUUUGGAUAAAGUAUCAAAUAAAUUUUAUAAUGAACGUAUUAUUGAUCUAAUCAAUGAAUUAAUUUAUGGAUCUGAUGAAUUUAAUCGAAAUUUAUUUAUUCAUCAAAUUAAAAAACAUUUAAAGAAAAAUAAAGAAUUACCAGAUAAACUCUAUCGACAAAUGUUAAGAGAAAAAUUCAUUCAUAUUGAUACUAAAAUUAAAAUAGAUACAGAUAAAAAGAAAGUUUCAACAAUUAUCAAUGAAAUAAAUCAAAUUUUAAUUAAUGUAGAAGAUCGAAUAAAACAAGAACAUCUAGUGGACUUAUUUGAUAGAAUAGAUGUUCUAGCUCCUUCAAUACAUCGCAUUACUGAUAAAUCAAUCAGUUCACCAACAAAAACUUUAAAAGAACGAAUAACACGAAAUAUCAAAGAUCAGUUGUCAACAACUACAGCUGUCACCUCUGCGAAGCAUAGUAGUGAACAAAAAAGAUCUUUGCUAAAGUCUGGACCAAAACUUCAAUCAAUAACACAAAUAACAAAAAAGCAUUCCAAAAUUCUUGAUGAUACCAAAAAAACCAAUAAUUUGUCUAUUGACAAAGAUGAAAAGGAAAAAUUGAAAUUCAAUGCUCGAAUUCCAUUAGCAUUAAAAUCAGAAGAACAACAAAAAAGUACUUUAGGUAUUGCCCAUGAACAGCCAGUCUUAUUAUCCCCAACACCAAUAACAACAGAUACAAUUAAUAUGACUAAUGUUUCAAAGCCUUCAAGUGAAACCAAAGAAAUAUCUGAUUUAUUACAACAACCAAAUGAAUUGCAUGAAGAAAAUUUUGAAAAACCUGAUACAUCAUUUAUUGUAAAAAGCAUCGAAACAUUGCAAGGUGAUCUUGAAAUUAUUCGACCUGAAACGAUUUCUACUGGUAAAAUGAAUGAAAAUAAAACUCUCAAUUUUGAAUUAAAUUCAAAUGCAGCUCUUCUUUUCUAUCCUCCAUCUGUAUUAAAUGAUUCAAAACAAGAAAUAAAUACAAUUGUAAGUGGUAGAAUAGCAGAAUUUGUAAAUGAUUCACAAUUUGUCAAAACAAAAGCCCAACGAUUAUUUUCUAAAACAAUACCAACAAACAUUGUUCGUCAACCAAUUGAAGAAGAUACAAUCGAUAGGAGUUCAUCAUCGUCAAAUCUUACAACCAAUAAUGCAGAAACUAUUUCCACUGUAAUUGAAGCUCGAAAAUUGUUAGGCCCAUCAAAUCGACCAUCUGAUGAGCCAUCAAUACCUAUUUCAACACUUCCAUCUGAUAAUAUUAAAUCAUCUGCUAAAACUCUUCAUCGUAAUCUUCCUAAAUCAAUAAAAAAAAUUGAAGAUAUUUAUAUAAAUUCUUUAACAAAAGCUUUACGUAACUUAUUUACUCGUUCAGAAUAUCAUAGUGUAAAAUUACAAAAAAUUCAUGAAGAACUUAUUACAUCUGGUCAUAUAUCACCAUUAAAUGAAUUCUAUCGUUCACCAAGUGAAGCUUUACGUGUAACACUUGAUCAUUGUAGUACUUAUGCUGAUUUAAUUAAAUGGACAUUAUCAUUAUUACAAACAAAUAAUAAACGAAAUUUAAUUGAUUUUGGUCAUGAUCUUUAUUCGAUUGCAAUUGAUUUAGAUUUUGCAUUAAUUGAACGUAUUGAUAAUACACGAUGUGCAAUUGAUAUACAAGAAAAUCUCAAAUAUGAAUUACAAACAAUUACUGAAACUGAUUUACGAGAAAUUAAUUCUUAUUUAAAUGCUUCUCAAUUGGAUAAACUAGUUCAUUUAUCAAAAAAGCUUAAUGUUAUUUCAAAAGAUCGUAUGAUAUCGGAUCUUAAUUUAUUACUUCUUCAUCUUAUUCAAGUUUGUCAUACAUUCGAACUUAAAUAUCGUCCCAUGCAAACCCGUAUUCGUGAAAUAGCCGAAAGAUUUAAAUCUCGAGCUGUUACUGAUCUUGUACGUAAAUUAGAUGAAAUUGAAAAACGUUUAGCAAAAAAUUUUUCAAUAACAUUUCAUGGUCUUAGUAAACGUAUGAAUGAAUCACGAUUCAUAUUAAUGAAAUAA